UCUCGCUCUUCUUUCAGUUUGUUUCUCGCCCUUUUCGUUUUAUAUUUGUGUUUAUUUUUUAUUCAGUUAUAAUCUCCGUUCCAAAGUCCGCUCGUGAUACGUUUGAUGACAUUACAUUUUAGAUAGGUGCACCAUGAAUAGCUACAUUACGGUACUUCAGAAAUCAGCCAGAAUGAUCGCCCAAUCUGCUGCAACUAAGAAUAAUAUAGCAGCUCGCACGCUCUGUUCGGCACCGGCUGGCUACAAUUUCGAAACGCUCAAACUGACCACUCCUCAGCCGUUCGUCGUCCACGUAGAGUUAAACCGUCCGGAUCGCCUGAAUGCGUUCAACAAGCGCAUGUGGAUUGAGCUGGGUGAAUGUUUUAGCCAGUUACACAACGAUCCAGACUGCCGAACGAUUGUCCUGUCGGGUGGAAGUGCAAAACACUUUACUGCCGGAAUCGAUUUGCUGGAUAUGAUGCAAUUGGGUCAACAGCUGGGCGAUAUCGACGACACUGGUCGCAAGGCACGACUCUUCGAGGGACUGAUCAGUUUGUACCAGAAUUCGAUAAGCUCACUGGAACGAUGCUACAAGCCGGUUAUUGCCACCGUUCACGCUGCAUGUGUCGGCGCCGGGGUGGAUCUGAUUACGGCUGCGGACAUUCGACUCUGCACUAAGGAUGCCUGGUUCCAAGUAAAGGAAGUCGAUAUCGGAAUGGCUGCGGAUGUCGGUACACUGCAACGGCUGCCGAAGGUGAUCGGAAGCCAAAGUUUAGCUCGGGAAUUGUGCUUUACAGCACGGAAGUUUCAAAGCGCGGAAGCAUUGAGUUGUGGCCUUGUUUCCGCCGUGUACCAAUCACGCGAAGAAAUGGUCGAAAAGGCUAUCCAGUUGGCGACAGAAAUUGCUCAGAAGAGUCCCAUUGCUGUUCAAGGAACUAAAAAGAACAUGGUUUAUUCGUUGGAUCACACUAACCAGGAAGGGUUGGAUCAAAUCCGAGAGAUGAACAUGUCGAAUCUGCAAAGUGAGGACUUCAUUAAUGCAGUUAUGGCACAGCAGAGUAAAGGUGACAAACCGACGUUUUCCAAACUGUAAUGUCUGAUUUAGUUGCAUGUGUAUUUUUGAUAUCAAUAAUCAAACAAUUAUUUUUAUAGUCUUUAUAAAACAUGUAAAGAUAUAAAUAUACAUAUUUUCCUUAUUAAAAA